AUGGUCAGACAGAGCUUCUCCAUAGACUUUAUCCUCACUGGCAGUAAAGAAGAGGCACUGGCCAGUAAAGUAGCCUCAAAGCCUCAUAUUCCUUGUGUGCCACAGCCGCAGCCUCCUUGUAGACAUUCUGCUAGAUCCAUCCAGCCCAAGCGGAAAGAUAGUCAUGCGGAACCUUCUGGAGAUACUGAGCCCUUCAAGAGCUUUCCUGAAAAACAUGUUACUUGCCUACAAAAUGGUGUCUCUUCCCUAAUUGCUUCACACAGAGGUUGGGUAGGUGCAGAUGAGUUAACGCCCAGUUGUUCUGAGGAUGAGUGUGAGCAGGCAAGUUCUCACAGUUCAGAGAGUGGUCAGCCAGAAGAAGAUGACCAUGGGGGGACCAGCCCAAAGAGUGAUCUGCAGCGCAGGAUGAGGACAGCUUUCACCUCCCAGCAGAUCUGCAAGCUUGAAGAGAUGUUUAAAAAACAGCGGUACCUAGGCUCAUCGGAGAGGAAGAAGUUAGCAAGUACCCUUCAGUUAUCUGAAAUACAGGUCAAAACCUGGUUUCAGAAUCGAAGGAUGAAGUUGAAAAGACAAAUGCAAGACCACCAGCAUCGUCUUAGCACAUCCUCCGCCCAUUACCCUCACCCCAUCUCUUACUAUCAUGGACCUCCAGUACCAGUCAACAAUAUGCACUUUUACCCAACCCAGGCUCAUUCAUACCAACAGCCCGCAGAUUCUCCAUAUCACCCAGAUCCGCGCUUCCUAUCCCUGCCUGUGCCGCACCAGUUUAUCAUGAACAAUGCCCAACCUGAACAAUAUAAUCCCUUUUACAGUACUCAGCAAAUGUAGCACAUAUGUGAAUUCUGUGUUUAUCACAAAAUCGUGAAUUUAGUUUUAUUAUGCUGCUGUUUAUUUGUUUGUUUUUUUUUAUAAUUAUUUAAAUUAUAAUGCAGAAAUAUAUAAACUAAAAUUGUAAAAUAUUGGCAAUAUGUGUAAUAUAAAUGUAAAAUGUACAGUAAG